CUCUUGCCUCUCUCAAUCCAUACAUGUAGCUGCUUAGCAGCAGAUCAUGGACACUAUCCUUGCCCAUUAGGCCAAGAGAGUGAAUCAACGACCAACAAACUUUCAAUGGCAUCCAACCAUCGCCGCUUCCUCCUCUCCGGCGCCGUCUUGCUCUCGGUCCUCGCCGCCGUGGCCGCCCUGGAGAGCGUUGAGGACGAGUGCCGGCCAGGGGUGGCCUUCCCGCACAACGCGUUAGCCACCUGCCACACCUACGUGAUCAAACGGGUCUGCGGCCGCGGUCCCAGCCUGCCCAUGCUGGUGAAGGAGCGGUGCUGCCGGGAGCUGGCGGCCGUCCCGGAUUACUGCCGGUGCGAGGCGCUGCGCGUCCUCAUGGAUGGGGUGCGCGUGGAGGGUGGCCACGUGUUGGAGGGCCGCCUUGGUGACAGGCGUGACUGCCCGAGGGAGGCACAGAGGGAGUUCGCCGCCACGCUGGUCACGGCGGCGGAGUGCAACCUGCCGACCGUCUCGGGGGUCGGGAGUACACUUGGUGCUACCGGCAGAUGGAUGACGAUCGAAUUGCCCAAGUAAUGAAGCGGAGUACUCUACUGGCAGAUGGAGUACUGUACAUAGAAUAAAAGUACUCAAGUGAGAACAAAUAAAUAAAGCUUGUGACUUGUGA